AUGUCUGAUUUACACGAUUUAUGCCGAUUUGAAACUCGUCCUAUUGACAAAUCAUACAUUGAAAAAUUACAACACUACUUAAAGAGUGGAAUUCCUUCAACUUACACUGUUGAAGAAGCAUAUAAUUAUACAAAUAAUAUAGAAAUUGAACCAUCAACAACUACAACUCCAUUACAUUUAAUAUGUCGAAAUGUUCCAGUUGAUUGUACUGAAGAUGAAAAUCAAAUAGUUAAUCAAAUGGUUGAAAUAUUGUUUGAAUAUGGUGCAGGUUGGAGUUUCACUGAUGUUGAAAAUUUAACUCCUGGUUGUAUAUUGAUUAAAAGAGGAUUGAAAAAUUGUAAAUUAUAUGAUCAAAUCGUUGAUGCUGGUGUAAGAGCAGAAUUAGUUUUAAGAAAAGUCGGUGAGUUUGAUAUGGAAAUUAUUGAAGAUACUGAUGAUUUGAAUCAUGAAGAAUUUGGUGAAGCUAUUCCUGACUUGGUCGAGGAGAAGGACGAAGUGAAAGACGAACCAGAGCAACAAUUAAAUGAACAACCAAAGGAACAACCAAAACAAGAGACUGUUGCAGAAGUAGAUGAUCCAGUAGAUGCACCAUCCCAAAACCAAAAUUCGUAUUUAAACACUAAAUUGGAAUAUACUGAUGAUUCACUUAUAACUAAAGAUAGAAAAGAUGGUGUUAUGAUGGCAUGGGAAACUGAUAUUAUGAAACUUGGUGCAGAUACACUUUUCAAUGGUGCCAUUAUAGAUUCAGAUACAAAUGAAGAAGAUUCUGAAAUUUAUAUAUUAAAUAUUGGAUUUGGUAUGGGUAUCAUUGAUGGAUUUAUUCAAAAUCAAAAACCAACUAAACAUUACAUUUGUGAAGCACAUCCUGAUGUUCUUGCAAAAUUGAAAAAAGAUGGUUGGUAUGAAAAAGAAAAUGUUGUUAUUUUAGAAGGUAGAUGGCAAGAUAAACUUGAUGAAUUAUUAAGUAAUGGACAAGUUUUUUUCAAUGGGAUUUACUACGAUACUUUUCUGGAACAUUAUUCAGAUAUGCUUGAAUUGUUUGAUUAUGUUGUUGGUUUAUUAAAACCACAUGGUGUUUUCUCAUUUUUCAAUGGUUUAGGUGCUGAUCGUGAAGUUGUCUAUGAAGUUUAUAAAAAAUUGGUUGAAAUUGAUUUGGGUAAUUACGGAUUAGAAUGUAAAUUUAAGGAAAUUGAUAUUCCAAAAGAAAUGCUACAAGAUAAUGAAGAUAAAAGUGUAUGGGAAAAUGUUAAAAGAUCAUACUGGUCAUGUCCUGUAUAUUUCCAUCCAGAAAUAAAAUUCAUCGAUUAUUAA